UUUCACUAAUGUGCUUCUCCGCUUAUGUUGCAGAGCUGAAAAGCUGCUGAGAGGAGAAAGUUGCUCAUGAAGGAAAAAAGAUGGUGAAUGUUCUGAGUGAAUACUUCUGGUGGGAUCGAAUCUGGCUGCCGUGUAACUACAGCUGGGAUGAUCUGGAGAACACGGAGGGCACCGGAGCCGUGUCCCCCUCGCAGCUCUAUGUCACCAUCCCGCUGGCCCUCGUCUUCCUGCUGCUGCGAUUCAUCUUCGAGAGGGCCAUCGCUACACCUGUGGCCAGAGCCAUGGGGAUAAAGAGCAUAGUCCGACUAAAAGCGUCAUUUAAUCCAAUCCUGGAAGAUUUUUAUAUCACCUCCUCCAAACACCCAUCUCAGGCGGAUGUCUAUGGCUUGUCGAAGAAGAUCAACCGCACAACAUUGCAGGUGGAGCGAUGGUUCAGGAGGAGACGGAAUGAGGACCGGCCCGCCGUGAUGAAGAAAUUCCAGGAAUCUUGCUGGAGGUUCACCUUCUACCUGUGCGCUUUGAUUGGAGGAUACGCCAUCUUGUAUGAUAAACCCUGGUUCCAUGAUGUGUGGGAAGUGUGGGUGGGCUACCCAAAACAGGAGGUGCUGCAGUCCCAGUACUGGUACUAUGUGAUGGAGCUGAGCUUUUACUGGUCCUUGCUGUUCAGUGUUGCCUUUGAUGUCAGAAGAAAGGAUUUCAAUGUACAGGUUGUUCAUCACUGUGCCACCAUCUUCCUGCUGAACUUUUCCUGGUGCGUCAAGUAUAUUCGAGUGGGCACGCUGACCAUGUUGGUGCAUGAUGUCUCCGACAUCUUGCUGGAGGCUGCUAAAAUGUGCAGCUAUGCUGAGUGGAAGAAGUCAUGUCAUGUGCUUUUUGGUGUGUUCGCCCUGGUGUUUGCUGUCAGCCGACUCGUCAUCUUCCCUUUUUGGAUUAUUUAUGCCACGACAGUCUAUCCCUUGUAUUACUGCCCACGAUUUUUCCUCUACUACUUCUUCAACAUGGUCAUGUUUGUGCUGCAGUUCCUUCAUAUAUACUGGGCAUACCUCAUCUACAGGAUGGUGCGAAAGAUGAUUUCUGGAAAUAUGUCUGGUGAUGAUCGCAGCGAUAACGAAGAAGAAGAAGACAGUGAGGAGAAUGAGGACCAGCCAUUAACCAAUGGGGAAGGCAAGAAGCCCAUAGUAAAUGGCCAACAUGACCGCUAAUUGCCAACGUCGCUGUGUGCAUUUGUGCCUUCACCCCUGAUGUACAGAGAAAGGGUUAAACAAGAACUUGGUUAUCUGCAUUGGGUUUCCAGACAGACACUAAGCAGGGGAGAGGGGCAGGGGGCUGCAGCUGGAGAAGCACUAUACAUCAGGAGGUGUAUGGUCCUGAUGGGACCAACUGUGUUUCAGAGGCAGCACAGCCAACUUCCAGUCUCACCCAUAAACUAAUACACAAUAAAUAAGUAAAUUAAAAAAGCUUGCUCUGCGUGCAUGAGGCAGCAAAUAAACAAUAAAACCUUUUGUUCUGCUACAG